CCACAACAACAAUUCAUAAACACCCUUGCAGGCCGGGUUGAAAUCUGAACAAGGUGAUGGUCCUCUGCAAAAUGGACACCUGUUUUGCUGCAUUCCCAUUAUGACACCAGAAUCUAUAAAGACUGCGGCUUCUGCCUCGAUUGUGAUGCGCCGCUCUGGGAACUUUUGAUUCGAGGCCAUACAUCUGCUGUGGUCGCUGACUUAGAUUUCCUGCAGCAGCUGAUCAACUUUGUAGGAUCACUGUUUCUCAUACACAAAAGUCCUGUCGACUAUUUUCGUUAAUCCAGCAUAUGAUCCGUUUUCCUUUCUUUUACCUUUUUUCCUUUUUUUUGGAGGGAUGAAAGAAAUAUCAUUAUUUUAGGUCUACAUGAAUCCAUGUCCCAAAAUGUCGGCACUCAAGCCGUUCAAGAUCCCACCGCGCAAAGCAGCCAUUCGCAUUAUCAACCCUGCUAACGGCGAAGAAAUCGAUGUUCCCACGGACCAACCCGGCAUUCGGACGGCAGAAAGCACGAUACCACCGCGCACAGAACUCCCUCGAGGCCAGACAAAAAGGCUCCAGAAUGGGGACCACGCGCACGAAAACCGAGAACCCCCGAGCGCAGCCGAAUCGGGAGCCGGAGAGCAAGCAUCGCUUGACACCGCAGCGGACGAGGGCUUGACUGCAUCUUCCCGCGAGAAUGAUACUGAUACCUUUGUCCAAGGAGGUCAACGUUCCCCGCAGACCACGACUCCGAAGCAGAGUGCUGCCGUCCCUCGAUCAUGUCGCACGGGCUGGAAGCCGGACAUUAAUACCCCUCCUUAUAUUCCCUCUUAUCUUUGGGCUAUCCAGCAAUCUCCUGUGAUGAAUCGAUUCUCAAAGCAGUUAGACUCUAUCGACUUUGGAACAUACAUCCAAAGCUUUGCUGGUACCCGUUAUCUGAAGCCUGUCCCGGAAACCCACCCAGAGAUUAGCAAAGUGCGUGUCACCCUUUCCCGACAUCCUAGAAACCUUGCUGUCGACAACUACUUUGAAUACUUUUCGGAGUGCCUUAAACUGGAGGCAUUUGCCCAUUCCGCCACUCUAUCGCGCCUAACUCUUUUCAACACUACGCUCGAACUGUCAGACCGACACCAGCACCUCUACGCGCUUAGGGUUCCGGGACUCAGGGAUAACACUCCAAGUCUCGAUAUCGGUGAUGCAGUUGCUGUGCGGCAGUUUUUCCCAUUUCCUCACAUUGCCCAGCAGGGCUUGGAAUGGCUAUCUGAAAAUGAGAAUGGUUUAAAUGGCUCUAUCUCGCCCGGUUUCAACGGCAUCCAAAUAUACUCCUACGUGUGGGGUGUUUCGCGGGCUACAGAAACUGUUAUUCUUCGAGUAGACGGAUUCUUCCCAUCGUCGAGUUGCUGCAAUGCCUCUUUCACCCUGCCGGUUGAUUUGUAUACCGCCCUGUGGCGAGCGAUUCGGAGGGUCAGUGGGGCGGCACCCUCAACCACCACUGCUAUUCCCGGGGAUCCUACUGCGAACCUUCACGAUGAACGUAGCUGGGUUCGCCACAUGCUAUUCCCAAAGGAAACUGACUGUGUAACUCAGAAAAAUCUACCAAAAGGCUCAUUCGACCGCGAAUGGUGUGAUUCACAGCUCAACUACGAACAGCAAAAGGCUGUUGAUUCGGUUGUUUCUCGCGAUUAUGGGAACGUCCCGUUCUUGAUAUCGGGUGUCCCAGGAUCCGGGAAAACCAAAACUGUCGUCGAAUGCGCGCUUCAGCUGCUUAGUUGUACUGUUGAUGUGACACCGCAUCUUCUUAUAUGCGCUCCGUCUAAUCCAGCGGCUGACACUCUUGCCAUCCGCCUCUCAGCUCACUUAAAUCCCUCCCAGUUGUUCAGAAUGAACGGGUGGAACCGAACCUUUGCCGAAGUCCCAGAUCAAGUCUUACCCUAUUCGUAUACGGAGAAAGAAGUGUUCUCCCUGCCUGAUUUUCAGACGAUGAUGAAGUACAAGAUUGUGGUUACCACCUGCAAGGAUGCAGACAUGCUUGUCCGAGCUCGCUUGACCAAUCAGGACUUGAUGAACUUAGCACACGAAACAAUAUCUACCAUAGCCCCAAGCACCCAGGUGAAGAUGGAGAAGCUGAUUCACUGGACCGCCCUUAUUGUGGACGAGGCAGCUCAAGCCACGGAACCAACAGUGUGUGUACCACUUACAGUGGUUUCAACCGCCAUGCCUCUCGACCCAAAAAUUACUACGAAGACCUCACUGCCCCUUUUCAUCAUGGCCGGUGAUGAGCACCAGCUAGGGCCACGAAUAUACAAUUCUGACACAGCACUAUCGGUAUCUCUAUUUGAACGGCUCUUUGCGCGGCCGAUUUACUCGAACCAUCCAUUAUCUCGUCGAAACAUUGGACCCUACAAAAAACUCACGAGAUCCAUGCUUCCGAUGCGUCGCCCAGCUUUUGUCAACCUCACUCGCAAUUAUCGCUCUCAUCCCGCAAUUCUUGCCAUGUCAUCUGUCCUUUUCUACAACGAUACGUUAAUUCCGUCCGCAGAGCGUACGGAUCCACUGGGACCGGUUCCUACCUGGCCAGAUUGGCCGAGUCGCUACUGUUGGCCUAUCCUAUUUAACUGUAACACUUCGCAGGAUCAAGUGGAAGAUGUUCUUACCCACGGUCCGGGUACAGGUGUUUAUAAUGAUACUGAAGCCGAGAUCGCCCUUCGCUAUGUCCGCUCGUUAUUGUCACAUUCGUCCACGAUCGACUACACAUCCCAAGACUCGAAUCCUCCACCAAGACCAAUAUCCCAGCCGGAAAUUGCAAUAAUCACCCCUUUCCUUGCACAAGUGACCCGCCUCCGUGAACUAUUUCGCGCCCACCACCUUUAUGACGUUAGCAUUGGGCCUUUAGAAGCAUUCCAGGGUUUAGAAACCCGCUUCUUGAUAAUCUGCACGACACGCACCCGCUCAGACCAAAAAUUUCUCGACAUCGAUCAAUCCAGAGAUCUUGGUCUCGUGGGUGCGAGACGACGCUUCAACAUGGCGAUCACGCGAGCAAAGGAGGGUGUUAUCAUCAUCGGAAAUCCAAACGUACUCGUAGGGACAGGCAAGGACGAGACAUGGCGCGCCUUUUUAAGUUUCUGCGCGCGGAAUGGAUGCUGGGCUGUGGAGAAAAACGCAGAUCAGUCGACAAAGAGUACAUCUGAAUACUGGUUCAAAACACUAGGAGGAACAGACGGGGAUGGCCAUGGAUUCCACACGGAUUUUGAUAUUACCGAUGUUGGUUAUGUGAGUAGGCUGGAAAGAGGGCUGUUGCAUGCUGAUUUAUUAGCGAGAAUGGAAGAAGGCAAUGAUGGAGAAGUGAACGGGAGUCUGACCAAAGAUGUCAAGGCUCGCCGACGAGAACUAGGGGUUAUACAGGGGGAUGAAGAUGCAGCGAUGUGGACUGCCGGACUUGCAGCGGAGGAGGCUCUCAGGGGCUCUUUGGAUGAUGAGUAUACUGCAUAGAUGCUUCGACGAAAUAGAAAAUUUUUUUGGCCCCAAGAUGUACUUUGAAUGUCAAGGAGCCGGCGCAGAUGACUUCACAGCACCAAAUAUUUAGCGUAUUCUUUAUUCUGCAGCUAGUUCCCAUACUAGCGAAAGGGCAAUUGCCAUACAGAGUGCUCUGUGGGGGAUCAUCGUUUUAUUAUCUGCUUCAUUCU